AUGCUUACAGAAGAGCAGAAGAAGAUAUAUGAUGAGAUCAUAGACUAUGUUUUCGAAGAUAAAGGUGGAGUAUUUUUCUUAUAUGGUUUUGGUGGAACUGGUAAAACAUUCCUUUGGAAAGUUUUAUCUGCAGCUGUAAGGAUCAGAGGAGAAAUAGUGUUGAAUACUGCAUCUAGCGGUAUAACCUCUCUUUUGUUAGAAGGUGGCAGAACAGCUCAUUCAAGGUUUGGCAUUCCUCUUGAAGUUCAUGAAACGUCAAUGUGUAGAAUGUCAAGGUCUUUUGAUCUAGGUGAAUUAGUCCAAGAAGCGAAGUUGAUAAUCUGGGAUGAAGCUCCGAUGAUGAGUAAAUACUGUUUUGAGACUUUAGAUAGAAGUUUGAAAGAUAUAAUGCGUGAUCCAGAAGAUAAACCUUUUGGGGGUAAGGUCAUUAUUUUUGGUGGUGAUUUCCGUCAGAUACUUCCUGUUAUUGUUGGUGCCGGUCGAGAGCAAAUAGUUAACUCAUCGCUCAACUCAUCUUACCUUUGGAAUCAUUGUAAAGUUUUAAGGCUAACAAGAAAUAUGAGGUUGCUGCAAAACAUAACUCCAAAUGAAGCCAUGGAGAUUGAAGAGUUCUCGAAAUGGAUUCUUGAUGUUGGAAAAGGAAGACUUAAUGAGCCAAAUAAUGGAGUUGUUGAUGUUGACAUCCCAGAAGAAUUGCUUAUCACAGAAGUAAACUCUCCAAUUGAAUCGAUCAUUAAUGUAGUAUAUGGUAGGAACCCGCGCUACGCUGCGAGUUAG